AUGAGGAUCGUACGGCUGUACGUGUUGGCAGCCACGUUUCUGUUCAGCCUAAGUCACGCGAAAAGCUUUCUCGAUUAUGCCGACCAGAUUCCAGCAUGCGGGUUGCAAUGUAUACUCGAGGUAGUGCCCGACUCCGCUUGCCACUCGGUGACGAACUCGACUUGUAUCUGCGAAGAUUCUUCACUAUACGAUGCCGUCAAUGACUGUGUAUCGGCAAGCUGUACAGUACUAGAAAGACUGCAACUCGCCAAGACCGAUGAAGUAGCAUGUGGCAGGGCAGAGCGACACCAAACUGAGGAUAUAGCUCCAUUCCUAGUCCUUGACACUGCCACGGUGCUCUUUAUGCUGGUACGUCUAAUAGGCAAAUACAAGAUCGCCAAAACAAUUGGGCCGGACGACUGGAUUGUGUUUGCCAUUCUCCUCACCCUUUUGCCAUUUAUUGUGCUCGGCAAUUACGUCCGUAUUACAGCGCUUGGUCGUGACAUAUGGGAUCUCGACGUCAACACAAUCCAGACGGCAUUAAAACUUUUCUUCAUUGAUGAAAUAUUUUAUAUUGCAGUCCUGGCUCUCUGCCGCGUGAGCUUGCUUCUCUUUCUCAUCCGAGUCUUUUCCAUCAGAGUCUUUCGCAAAAUAUGUUGGAUAGUGAUGGUAUGGGUGGUAUUAUCAUCCAUCGCCAACAUAUUUGUGGUCGUAUUCCAAUGCUGGCCCAUAAGCUACAAUUGGGAGGUGAUAACCGCGGCGUCUGAUCAUCAUCAAUGUCUCGACGUCAAUAUUCUCGCCAUCUACACUGCUGUCAUGGGCAUCGCACAGGACUUUACCAUUAUGAUUAUACCGCUGCCCAUCAUAGUCCAGCUCAACAUGCCAUGGAAGAAGCGGCUCAUGACGCUCUGCAUGUUCAGCCUGGGGAGCUUUGUCGUCCUGGCUGCCUGCUUCCGGCUGCUGCACAUUUUGCAGUUCUCCAAGUCGUCCAACCCCACGUGGGACUAUACCAGUCCAGUCAUCUGGACGUCGCUCGAAGUCAAGGUCACGGUCAUUGUGCUCUGCAUGCCGACCAUACGCCUCGUCAUUGUGCACAUUUGGCCGGACGAGUUCAGGACGACGCGCAAGAGGUCGAGCGCCGCAAAGACGGGCUCCACACCGAAAUCCGGGACCAAGUCGACGCGAAAGAACCCCUACGAUGCCAUUAGCGGCGAUUCGGUGUCGUCUGGGACGACGCCAAAUCCUUGGGACCGCGAUAUUGAGCUCCAGGAUCAAUCCCCAAAGAAUGAAUUUGUACAAAUUCGUCAAGAGUACCGAGAGGAUUUCCAAGACCAUCGGGAACAGCAAAGAGAACAGCAAAGAGAACAGCAAAGAGAACAGCAAAGAGAACAGCAAAGAGAACAGCAAAGAGAACAGCAGUGGCAGCAAAAACAGCAGCAGCAGCAGCAGCAGCAGCAUUUCAGGACCUACCGAAAUGAUCAUGUCACACCCAUUGCGACAGUACAUAGGAGUCGCACUACUCCUAUAGCCGCGUCAUUCAUUCGAGACAGAAACGAAAAUGACCCGUUUUACCAAAAUAACCAUGAGUGGCCAUUAGCUCCUCCAGCAUCGAGAGCACCGGCGCACAGAUACCCAGCACCACGAAUGCGAACAUAUACAGCACCAGAGGUACUCCCUCCUGGGUCGUCAGGACAUGGUGGCUGGAUAUAA